AUGUGGAGACCGUCACCACGUUGCCACCUACACUGCACUGCUCUGCAGCGCCGCCCGGGCCCCGCCGCCCUGCUCAGGAGAAGCCUCCGGGUCCCGCCUGUUCAGUGGCCCCUGGGAUCCCAGCCCCUAUGGAAGAAAGUGCUCGCCUCCACGGCUGUGGGGCUGCCGCUGCUCCUGGGCGCCCGCUACCUCACCGCAGAGUCACAGGAGAGGAGAAGGAUGCGGCUCAUGGUGGAAGGUGUCACGCGCUUUGGCAGGUCCUUGAAGGUCGGCCUGCAGAUCUCCACGGACUACUGGUGGUGCACGAACGUCGUCCUGCGAGGGGUGGAAGAGAACAGCCCGGAGUACUUGGAGGUGAUGUCUGCGUGUCAUCAGCGGGCGGCCAACUCCCUGGUGUCCGGGGCCAUCUACAAUGGGGGCCUCUACGUGAAGCUGGGCCAGGGGCUGUGCUCCUUCAACCACCUGCUGCCUCCCGAGUACAUCCAGACCCUGCGCGUGCUGGAGGACAAGGCCCUCACGCGCGGCUUCCGGGAGGUGGACGAGUUGUUCCUCGAAGACUUCCAAGCUCUACCCCACAAGCUCUUCCAGGAGUUUGACUACCAGCCCAUUGCUGCUGCCAGCCUGGCCCAGGUCCACCGUGCCCGAAUGCACGAUGGCACCGCCGUGGCUGUGAAGGUGCAGUACAUUGACCUGCGGGACCGCUUCGAUGGGGACAUCUACACCCUGGAGCUCCUGCUCAAGCUGGUGGAGUUAAUGCACCCCAGCUUUGGCUUCAGCUGGGUCCUCCAGGACCUGAAGGGGAUCCUGGCCCAGGAGCUGGACUUUGAGAAUGAGGGCCGGAACUCCGAGCACUGUGCACGGGACCUGAGGCACUUCAGCUACGUCGUGGUGCCCCGUGUGUUCUGGGACAUGUCCAGCAAGCGCGUGCUGACCGCAGAGUUCUGUGAGGGCUGCAAGGUCAACGAUGUGGAGACCAUCAAGUCCAUGGGACUGGCCGUGCAGGAUAUCGCAGAGAAGCUCAUCAAGACUUUCGCUGAGCAGAUCUUCUACACGGGCUUCAUCCACUCAGACCCCCACCCUGGCAACGUGCUGGUGCGGAAAGGCCCGGACGGGAAGGCAGAGCUGGUGCUGCUGGACCACGGGCUCUACCAAUUCCUGGAUGAGAAGGACCGGUCGGCCCUGUGCCAGCUGUGGCGGGCCAUCAUCCUGAGAGACGACAACUCGAUGAGGAAAUACGCAGAGGCACUUGGGGUGCAAGACUACUUCCUGUUCUCGGAGGUGCUCAUGCAGAGGCCCGUGCGCCUGGGGCAGCUGUGGCGCUCACACCUGCUGAGCCGAGAGGAGGCGGCCUACAUGCAGGCCAUGGCGCGGGAGCACUUCGAGGACAUCAUGGGCGUGCUCAAGGCCCUGCCGCGGCCCAUGCUGCUCGUGCUGCGAAACAUCAAUACCGUCCGCGCCAUCAAUACUUCCCUUGGCACCCCAGUCGACCGCUACUUUCUCAUGGCCAAGAGUGCUGUCAAGGGCUGGAGCCGCCUGACAGGCUCAACGUACAAGAGUGCCUAUGGCACCAGCCUCCUACGCCACAUCAGGGUCAUCUGGGAGAUGUUCAAGUUUGAAGUGGCCCUGAGGCUGGAGACCCUGUCCAUGCGGCUCACAGUCCUCUUGCUUCGAGUACUGGCGCACCUCAACCUCAUGCCCAAGAACGAGAAGCUCUACGAGUACCUGGAGACCUAG